AUGGCUGCAAGUGAUCGCUGUUUUGUGGAGUGGAAAGAGCAAUUUGUUUCAAAGGAGCGUGGCAAGCGUGUGGUGCACUAUUUGUUAAAGGAUGUUUCGGGGCAAUCCAUUCUUGCUGUUUUGGGCACCGAGAGAAGUCUUAGGCACAUGCUCUAUGUUGUUUCUGAGGAGUUCUUGAAUGUUCAUGGGUCUGAGAAUUCGAUCCAUGCUGGCUCCAGAUGGAGAUCAAGGAGAGAGGUUGUGAAUUGGCUAACAUCAAUCUUAUCAAAGCAGCAAGGGCAAGGCGGUUAUGUUGAAUUGCCAAAAGAUGAUCCCUUGUCUAGUGUCGGUGAUCAACAAACCUACAUGCAAGAUUACAAGUGUCAUCUCGCAAGGAACUUGAAAGGGCACACUUCGGACAUUGUUUGGUCUGGUGUAGCAUGGUCCUGCAGCAAAGAGCUCAAGCACUACCCAGCAUUUUGCAGGAAUGGGAUUACUAUAGUGAUACACUCAUUUGUCUUUGUCAUGGCUGAAAACGAGAGCCGCUACAUUGCGUAUCUGGAAGACAUGUAUGAAGACAGGAAGGCCCAAAAAAAGGUCAAAGUGAGAUGGUUUCACCAUAAUCAAGAAGUCAAGGGUGUUACUACUCUACGGAAUCCUCACCCCAAAGAAGUUUUCAUUACACCCCAUGCACAGGUCAUCAGUGCGGAGUGUGUUGAUGGUCCUGCCAUUGUCUUAACUCGUGAACAUUAUGAGAAAUGUGUAGCUGUUUUCCCACAUGAUUUGUUAACCAGAAUGCAUUUUUGCUUUAGACAAUUUAAAAGCAAUCGAGUGAAACCUUUCAAAAUGAGUAAGUUGCGUGGCUAUCUGGAUCAACCAAUUUUCUCAUGUUUUGGCCGUGAUUUCUUUGAAGAUGAAGAGUUUAGCCCUGGGGAUGAUGUAAAACUUGGGGCUAAGAGGACCAGGAGUUGUAAAGGGCGUCAGAUGUUGACAGCUGAACCAUCACACCAGAAUCUGAAGUAUAAUUUACUGAAUAGGAGAUUGAUCUCCCGCAAGCAUUUUGAACAACCGUCUUGGAGUUCCCCUCUUUUCAAGGUUAGUGAAAAGAUGAGUUGUUGUGCCAAGAUAGUGGCAUCCGAGGCUGCUGGUUCAGGUGUACAGUCUUGCAUGUUUCGCGGAGACAGAUAA